GACGUCUGCUAUGACGAACCGUAGACGAAGACGCAGGGAACGCGUGGAUGUAAAUACGUAGUAGGCCAGUUAACGCGAACAUUCUUUAAAUUCUUAAAAAUGCGUAUUGAAAAGUGUUACUUUUGCUCUGGGCCUGUUUAUCCUGGGCACGGGAUGAUGUUUGUACGUAACGACUGCAAGGUGUUCAGAUUCUGCAAAUCAAAGUGCCACAAAAACUUCAAGAAGAAGCGUAAUCCAAGAAAGACAAGAUGGACAAAAGCAUUCAGAAAAGCUUCUGGAAAGGAGUUGACAGUUGACAACUCGCUGGAGUUUGAGAAACGCAGAAAUACUCCGGUGAAAUACAGGAGGGAGCUGUGGGGGAAGACAGUGGAGGCGAUGAAGAAGGUGGAGGAGAUCAAACGUAAACGACAGUCAAGGUUCAUCAUGAACCGACUGAAGAAGGGCAAACAGUUGGAGAAGACAGAGGCCAUCAACGAAGUAAAGAAGAACAUUCAUCUCAUCAAAGCUCCACAUGCAGGCAAAGCCAAACAGAUGGAAGACAAAAUGGUGCAGAAGCUGGCAGAAGAUGUGGAAAUGGACGGUGCUGAUUAAUGUUUCUUUUGGUGAAACAUUGUUUCAGUGACAGCCCAUAUGAAACAAAAAUAUCUCAAGAAUGAGAUUAUAUUUUGAGUACUUCGUUUGUUUUAAAUUUCUUGAAAAGCAAAUUAUGUUGGCCUUAAAAAUACUGUGUAAGAUAUAGGAUGUGUUAUUGUAGUGAAUUAAUAAAUUGAGUUUUAAGGCAAUAAGUAGAGUAGCAUGAAGCUUUUUCCCAAGUGAAAGGUUUCUGAUGUUUGGGUGUAUUCUUUUUGCAAAAGAAACUGAACCAAUAUCAUUAUUUGUGUCAUUGUUUUGUCUCUGUCUUGAGCUAUCAUGUUUCCCAAAAUGUGUUAUGUCAUCUAGCUCAUACAGGCUUGAGAUGAAUAUUUUCAGAUUUGCAUUUUGAUACAAGCUUGAGAUCUGUUAACAGGAAAUCCAUGUAAAGUAUGUGUUAUACCAUUAGGCUUCCAUUGUCAUAUUUAUAUUUUACAAUGUUUGUGAUGUAAUGAACAUUUAAAUUGAAUUCUAUUGAUUUUCUUAAAAUAUCUACACACAAUGGGUAGAAAAAAGGGCUUUAUAAAUACAUUUGAUUGAUAUAAACAUGACUAUCAAAUGGGAUCCCUUUAUCGUGAACUAUAUAUUUUGUUGUAACGUGAUAUGUGUUGCUUAUUACGAAUUAAACGAUUCUAUAGUC